AUGGAAACGGCCGAAACCGAGGAGGACCAUGCUGCCCGUGCUCUGCAGCAGCUCGUGCGGCGCCUACGUUUGCCAGCUGGCCCGGAUCCGCGUGAGACGCUGGAAUCAGACAAUCAAGUGAGUAUGGAAUCUGGCAGCGCGCACUCAGCAGCGCCUGUAGAUGACAAGGUGUGCCCGAGCGAACCGGUAAGUGCGGAUGCUAACUCGAACGACGCUGCCGACACGUUCGAAUCGGCAGACGCUCUCACUAUGGGGCUCCGAAGUGCGGUCGUCCGAUGCCGUCGCUUAAUCGAUCAGUUCGCAGACCUGUGCGAGGAACAAACCGCCGUUGAACGCGAAGAAAACAUGGGCCGGACCGAAUCAAUGGCUUGUGAAGAUCAGACACCUGAAGACGCGAUGGAGAGGGACUGA